UAUCCAUAUAUCAACCAUCAGUUAUUAUGAUAUCUGAAGCAUGGACUAACAGUAAUAUUUCCGACCGAAGUAUAUCUCUUGAUAACUAUUCCCUAUAUAGAAGCGAUAGAUUGAAUGGACGAGGCGGAGGAUGCCUUAUUUACGCUCACUCUAGCCUAAACUCACUGCUAUGUGAUAUGCCUGAACUAAACAAACUGAAGGAUUCGGUGUGGAUUGUAUUAAAGCCGUCGAAUUCCGUUACCUUACUGCUCGGCUGUGUUUAUCGUCAACCUAACGCAUCAAUAGAUGAAAUAGCAGUAUUAUCGGAGGUAUUCACACUAGCAUCAUCCCUCUCAUUCACAGGCAAGCUCAUUUGUGGUGACUUCAAUAUGCCCGAAAUUUCUUGGCUGCCAGUCAAAGCGCCGAGACGUUAUGAAUCAUUUAUUGAAUGUCUAGAGCUUGGACAAUGGACUCAGUAUGUCGAUAGCCCUACCAGACAUCAAAACAUCUUAGACUUAGUCUUUACCAGUGGCCUCAUCCCCAAUACUUUGUAUAUUGGAAAAAAGUUCCCAGGUAGUGAUCAUAACAUUGUCAUAUGCAGCCUUAAUGUAAAAACCACAACCGAUAGAAGUAAAACCGUAACACUUCGUAGAAACUAUCGCAAGGUUGAUUGGAAUAACUUCCACAAUUACCUAAGAAGCACUGAUUGGAGAACUUUCUUUACCUCAAACAAUACCGACACAUUAACCAAUAUAUUUUAUCACAACAUCAAAAGUAUCAUCAACAACAUCGCACCUUUAGAAUACUGUAAACCUACGUUCUCCAAAGAUCUCUAUAUACCGGUCAGUACAAGAAGACGUCUUCAAAGACAUUGUACUCGAUUCCACAACUUAAAUGACUUUUCCUCUUUAGUAACGAUGACAGAAAUACUUGUCCGAACAGAGGCAAUAAGUAAACAAAAAGCAGUAGCACAGGAAAAACGUGCAGUUGAACUUAAUAAUAACUCCUCUGCACUCACCAUACUACUCCAAAAUAAACUUAAACGCUCUAAAUCGAGAGGGAGUAUAUUCAUUAAAGGCAAACAAGUAUACGAAGAUCCCAAACUUAUCACAGAAUUAUUUAGUGAACAUUUUUGUUUCUCACUAACUAACGAAAAACCAUUUAAUGAUUCAGAACCAAUCCCAGUAACUCCCUGUGAAAUUACUAAUGUAGAAUUCAGUGUACAAAAUAUCUCCAAGGCAAUCAGUACAUUGAAACACUCCUACACUGAUGGACCAGAUGGUAUUCCAUCUAGCAUGCUAAAACGUGGAGGUGAUGAUAUGUGUGUUUUGCUUCUCAAACUAUUCGCGAUAUCACUCUCUUCAGCGUGUUACCCUACUGCCUGGAAAACUACACAUAUCAUUCCCAAAAUUAAAACAGGACCUGAAGCAAACGUUGAAAAUUACCGGCCUAUAAACAUAACUUCAGUGGUAUCCAGAGUGAUGGAAAAAGUAGUUAAGGCGGCUGUAGUCCAACAUCUACUAACUAAUAAUCUCAUCUCGACCUCCCAGCAUGGAUUUCUUAGGUCCAGAUCAUGCGAUACAUGCCUAGUAGACUACCUGAAUGAUAUAACUCUGAAACGAGACAGCGGACUCCUUGUAUCAGUCCUAUUCCUAGACUUUAAGAAAGCCUUUGAUAAGGUCCCACACAAAAGGCUACUCGUCAAACUAAAGUCCUUCGGAAUACACAACCCACUGUACUCAUGGUUUGCUUCGUUCUUAACAGAACGUAAACAGAUGGUAAAGUACAAUGACUGUCUCUCGUCCCCUAGACCAAUCACCAGUGGAGUCAUCCAGGGAAGCGUAUUAGGUCCACUUUUGUUUCUUAUGUAUAUAAACGAUAUAUGUAACACCAUAGAAUUUGGGAAACCAUACUUAUAUGCUGAUGAUCUCAAAAUAGUAUACAGCUAUAAGCCUGAGACACUAAGCGAAAGUGUAUCCCAGAUCCAAAAGGACCUCAAUAACUUAACUAUAUGGAGUGAAAAAUGGCAAUUACCAUUUAACCUCAACAAGUGCGGGAUCAUGCACUUUGGAAAGCAUCCCUAUAAACCGCGACUUCACUUAAAUGAAUGUAGAGUCCAAACACUCGAAUCAGUACACGAUUUAGGAAUUAAUUACACAGGAAGCCUAAACUUUGAAGAACAUGCCUCCUCUAUUAUUUCUAAAUCUAGACGGCUAAUUGGUUUUAUAAUGAAAAACUUUUUCACAACAGAGGGUAAACUUACUCUCUACAAAAUAUGUGUACGACCCUCCCUUGAAUACUGCUCUUUUGUCUUCUCUAAUAUGAAUAUCGCAGACAAGAUAAGAGUAGAAGAUGUUCAAAGACGUUUCACACGUCAACUACUAGGAUGUAACUCGAAUCUCGAUUACACAGACAGAUGUAAGCAUCUAUCUUUAGAACCUUUAUGGCACCGUAGGCUAAAAAACAAUUUAAUAUUUCUCUACAAAGCGAUAUAUGGGCUCUCCUUUCUAACCUCCUGCCCGACUAUCACCCACGACCCAGCCUAUAGACUUAGAAACAACGCAUAUACACUACUUACCGUAAAACACCAAAAACAAAUGCGUUGUAAGUUUUUUACAGUACGGUACAGUUUAUUGUGGAACAGGCUGCCAAUGCCUAUCCGUAACUGUGAUACGUUUACCAGAUUCAAAAAGCUAAUAACCCUAUUUCUAGACUCCAAAGAGCUUCAACAUUUCCUUGAACUCCCGCCCACCAAUGAGGCACUUUAUUACGGACCGCCUAGUAUCUAGAAAGAACAAAAUUAUAACAAGUUCGACUGUUACUAAUAUGAAUAUAACCAAAUCACAGAAUAUAUGGCUUAUCCUUUCCUAUUAUUCAUUGUUUAUUAAUCAUGACUUCAUGCUCCUAACCCUAGCUUUCAGUCCCCAAAUCUCUACAGGUUAAAUACAGAUAGCUCAAUCUUAUGGAUGCUGAUCUACUAAGGCCGAUCAUACAAAGCUCAAAAUUUGGCCACAAAGUCUUCCCCCUUGAGAUAUGG